GCGGUCUUGAUUUGCAUCGGGCACACAUUCAGGAGGUGGUGAUGAUGAUGGUGAUUAUGAUGAUGAUGAUCUCGAGCAUGAAUCGCUUUCCACUUGCGAUGCUUCUCCUAGGAUUUUUGCACGGCGUGACAGCCUCCAGAUGUGUGGGCCACUCCUGCAGCCCUCCUGUGGGCAACUUGGCCAGUGGUAGGCCUCUUCACACUCAGUCUUCCUGCUGCUCCAACAGCUCGCUGAUGGUGGACGACCCGUUUCUCCACCCAGACACGUGGUGGGAGUCGGGGGCCACAGCGACUGAAGAGGAUGAGAUCCGUCUAGACUUGGAGGACCGGUUCUUCCUGACGCAUGUGGUGAUGGUGUUCCGCUCUCCGCGUCCCGCCGCCAUGAGCCUUGAGCGCUCGCAGGACUUUGGCCGAUCCUGGGAAAUACUAAAGGUGUUUGCUGAGAACUGCAGCUCUGUUUUCGGUCUUGUUGAUGACAUUAGCCAGCAGGAGGCGCUUUGCACAUCCAGAUACUCAAGCGCCAGGCCGUGUACUGGAGGAGAGGUGAUUUUUCGAUCUAUGGCUAAGAGCAGAGGAAUAGACGACCCCUACAGUCCUGAAGCUCUGUCCAUGCUGAGCCUCACUAACCUGCGCAUACGCCUCCUGAAACCCCAUCGCUGUCCAGCUUCCCCUCUCACCUCCUCUAGGGGGCGGCACAAUGCUCUACAACAAGCCCGCAGCCGCCGAUCCUUACCGAAAGUUUUCUCAGCUCAUAACUACUCGAAUUCUUCUCCUUAUGCCAUCUUCUCGCUCAUUGCACAAGGGACAUGUAUUUGUCAUGGACACGGAGAGCGAUGCCUUCAUAUUGAAGAAGGAGAAAGCAUCAGAUUUGUACAAGGUAAGUGUGUUUGCACUCACCACACUGCAGGUGCUCACUGUGAGAAAUGUGCUCCACUCUACAACGAUCGGCCCUGGAGAGCAGGAAACGGCAGCAACGGAGAACCGAACCCGUGUCAGAAGUGCGAAUGUCAUGGCCAUGCAAACAAAUGUCACUUCUCCCAGCGAGUGUGGAUCUCCACGGGUGGUACAAGCGGAGGGGUUUGCGAUAACUGCAAGCACAACACAAUGGGACGGAAGUGCCACCGCUGCCGCCUGGGAUACAGACGUCAGCUGGGUCGACCGCUGCACUCGCAUCAAGCCUGUACAAAAUGUAGGUGCAGCUCAGUCGGCUCUAUGCCAGUCAGCUACAAUGACGAGACGAUUUGGUGGUGCCAUCCCAGGACCAGGCAGUGCCAUUGUAAGACUGGUGUGGGUGGGACGAGCUGUAGUCACUGUCUGCCUGGAUACUGGGGCUUUGGAUCUGAGGGCUGCAGCCCCUGCAUCUGCACUCUGUCCUGUGAUCCUGUUACAGGUUACUGCUUGGAAAGCAAAGCCAACAGAGAAUUUUACAACAUUCCGAUCGGAGGUAAAAUUCCUGAUCUGACUCACUUCCACCCACAUGAAGAAAACAAGUCAUGGUCCAACAAGCUCACCGUCUCUGCCCAGUACUACACAGGGAAAUGUAGCUGCAAGGAAAGGAAGGUGAAGAGUGUAUCUGAUUUGUGCCGGAUGAAACAUGCUUACGUGAUGAAGGCCAGCGUGCUGUCAGCUCAUGAUAAAGGCACACAUGCGGUGGUGCAGGUGAAGGUGAGGAAGGUGCUGCGUUCAGGCAUCGUGGCACUUUCUCAGGGUACACACAGUCUUUACCCGCUGUCCUGGACCAGCCGUGGCUGCACCUGCCCCGUCCUCAACCCAGGAGUGGAGUACCUGCUGGCAGGUUCGGAGGAGGCCGAAUCGGGCCGCUUACUGGUCACCAUGCAGAGUCUGGUGGUGCCAUGGACAAACACGCUCGACUUUCUGGUCUUCGAGGCUCUGCGGCAGGGCUGCUUCUGACACACUGUCUUACAAACACGGCCGGAUUCUUAGACCAGGGGACGUGAACAGAACCACAUACAGACCCAAAAGGACAGAACUCGCAUUCUGAACAAGGAUUGAACAGGGACUCUCGAUACACAACUCAUUGUGUUACUCGCCUUCACGGUUUGCUCAAUUAGUUCUCAAACCAGUUAUAGCGAACCUGAGAAGAUUGAUUUUCUUUGUCAUUGUUCAAAUAGUGUAUUUUUAAAUAUUUUAAUAAAAGAAGGAUGAAACUCACAUUGUGUCAUAGGGGAUUAAAAAUCACAUCAAGCCUGACAAAACCCCCAUCUUUUUAUGGAGUAAGAAAAAAAAACAUGGAGGUUACUUGGCUUUUUUUCUUAUUUGAAAAACC